AUGGCGGACCAUCUGAACCUGUAUGUCUUUGGGGACCAGACAUACGAUAUCAAGCCCUAUCUGAAAGACCUCCUUCAGAACAGAGACAACCCAGUCCUGGAGGACUUUCUCGUCAAAGCAUACGAUGCCGUGCGAACAGAGAUUUUCAAGCUCCCACAUCAGGUCCGAGAGGAUCUUCCUCGAUUUACCUGCUACCACGAUCUAGUGCUAUGGAACCAAACCGGGAAGCGAUGCAUACCCUUGGAUAUGGCAGUUACCUGCAUGUACCAGCUGGGGGUUUUCAUCAUUCAAGCAGAAGACCGUUACCAUGGCACAGCAGUCUCGCAGAGUAUUGGUCUCUGUACAGGAGCCCUCGCCGCAGCUGCUGUGACUUGCAGCCGCAGCAUCUUGGAUCUUGUUCCGUUGGCUGUUGAUGCUGUCACGGUGGCCUUUAGAAUAGGCAUGCAUGUGACUGACGCUGCGAAGCGAGUUGCACAGUCGAAUGAUUCUGACGAGAGCUGGUCAAUCAUCGUCCCUGGUACCGCGUCCUUUGAAGCCGUCGACAAGUUUUGCGAACAAACUACACUGCCAUUGACUAGCAGACCAUAUGUCAGCGCCUAUGCACCAAGCGGGAUUACCGUCAGCGGACCGCCAAGCUCUCUCGCGCAGCUCGUCAGCUCUGAGUGUUUCCAGGGCCUCCGGUACAAGACCAUCCCCAUCUACGCACCUUAUCACGCCCCGCAUCUCUACUCUCAAUCUGAUGUCAGCGAGAUCAUUGGAGAUUCGGUUCGUGGUAGGGUUAACGCGCGCUCCGAGCAUAGUCGCUCAGUAUCAGGCGCUGGAGAUGGUGUUGAAGGGAGCAGUUUUGCUGUCCUCCUGGAUGCCGCGGUUGGACAUGCUCUGCUGCACUCAAUCCGGUGGAGUGACAUCCUCGAAGAACUACAGGCGACUCUUCACAAGCUGAGGCCGAAGUCGCUCAACAUUGUUCCCAUUGGAACUACUGCAGACCAACUCAUCCACUCUGCACUGAGGCAGACCCCAUUCAGCACGUUGGUGCCGUCCAAGCCAGCUCAGGCCAAGACGACGCCCACGGAAGAUACUUCAGCCUCUAGCCCCAAGAAGCCCAAGCUUGCCAUCAUCGGCAUGUCUGGACGAUUUCCUGGAGCCAAAGACAACGAGGCAUUCUGGGAUCUGCUGUACCAGGGCCUGGACGUCCACAAGCCCGUCCCGCCGCUACACUGGGAUGCCAAAACACACGUGGACCCUACCGGCAAGAAGAAGAACACAAGCAUGACGCCGUUUGGGUGUUGGCUUGAUGACCCGGCCGUGUUCGACGCGCGCUUCUUCAACAUCUCGCCGCGAGAGGCGCCGCAGAUCGAUCCUGCCCAGCGGCUUGCUCUGAUGACGGCCUAUGAGGCAAUUGAGCAAGCUGGAAUCGUCCCAGAUGCCACUCCGUCAACCAGGCGCGAUCGUGUUGGUGUCUUUUACGGAGUCACCAGUAACGACUGGAUGGAGACCAACAGUGCUCAAAGCAUUGACACGUACUUCAUCCCCGGUGGGAACCGAGCCUUCAUCCCGGGUCGCAUCAACUACUUCUUCAAGUUCAGCGGCCCUAGUUACGCAGUUGAUACGGCCUGCUCAUCCAGUCUGGCUGGAAUCCACUUGGCGUGCAAUUCCCUUUGGCGAGGCGACAUUGACACGGCCAUUGCUGGUGGCACGAAUGUUCUGACAAACCCAGAUUUCACAUCUGGUCUCGACCGAGGACACUUCCUUUCUCGGACUGGCAACUGCAAGACGUUUGAUGACGGAGCUGACGGAUACUGCCGAGGAGAAGGCAUCGGUACGGUCAUUCUUAAACGCCUGGAUGAUGCCAUUGCGGAUAAAGAUCCUAUCCUGGGUGUCAUUCUCGGCGCUUACACGAACCACUCAGCAGAGUCUGAGUCGAUUACCCGGCCGCAUGUUGGUGCCCAGCGCGCAAUCUUCAAGAAGAUUCUCAACCAAGCCGCUGUUGACCCAUAUACCGUUAGCUAUGUCGAGAUGCACGGAACAGGAACCCAAGCUGGCGAUGCCGGAGAAAUGUCCAGUGUCCUGGAUACCUUUGCGCCACCCCUAGCCCAGGUCAAGAAGGGCAGGACAAACGAUGAAGCCCUCUACAUUGGCUCAGCAAAGGCAAAUAUUGGGCACGGUGAGGCUGCUUCGGGUGUGUCGAGUCUCAUCAAGGUCCUGUUGAUGAUGCAGAAGAACACCAUCGUUCCGCACUGCGGAAUCAAGACCAAGAUCAACCGCAAGUUCCCGACUGAUCUGAAUGAGCGAAAUGUCAAUAUUGCUCUGAAGCCAACCUCUUGGAACCGAAACGUUGGACUUUCUGAGUCCAGACGAGUCUUUAUCAACAACUUCAGCGCGGCGGGCGGAAACUCGGCUUUGUUGCUGGAAGAUGCACCGCUUCAGCAGAAGCCAUCUGAUGCAGUUGAAGACCCACGAGGCUUGCAUUUGAUCGCUUGCUCGGCAAAGACUGGCGGCUCUCUCCAGGGAAACCUCCGGUCAAUUCUCGAGUUCUUGAAGCAGAACGCGGAUGUCUCGCUGGGAGAGCUCUCCUAUACCACGACUGCACGCCGCAUCCACCACCAGCAUCGUGUCCUGCUCACUGGCUCAACCGUUGGAGAGAUCUGCACUCAGAUCGAGACAGCUCUUCGAGACAAUUCUGGAGUAACCAGGCCCAAGAGUGCUCCAGGGGUUGUCUUUGCCUUUACUGGCCAGGGCGCCCAAUACCCAGGAAUGGGCAAGCAGCUCUUCGAGACGUCGUCGUUCUUCCGAGCUGAGAUGCGCCGACUGGAUCAGAUUUGCCAGAGCCUGGGCUUCGUGUCGAUGCUUCCUGUCAUCGAAUCCGAGGAUCAAGACAUUGGCGGCUUCGCGCCUGUUGCGGUCCAGCUCGCAAGCGUCUGCUUCCAGAUUGCGCUGAGCAAGCUGUGGGCGUCGUGGAACGUUACUCCUGCGGCUGUUGUUGGACACAGUCUCGGCGAGUACGCUGCUCUCAACGUUGCGGGAGUGCUUUCAGACUCAGACACUAUCUACCUUGUCGGCAAGAGAGCCGCUCUGCUUCAGGAGAAGUGUGAGCGUGGCACCCAUGCAAUGCUCGUUGUCAAGGGCUCCGUGGAAGAGAUUGCCAGCGUUCUGAAGGGCAAGACGUACGAACUUGCCUGCAUCAACUCGCCCAUUGAGACAGUCUUGGCUGGUUCGACCGAGGAAAUCUCCACCUUGAAGGGAUUGCUCACUGACGCGAGCAUGAAAUCCACGUUGCUCAAGGUUCCCUACGCAUUCCACUCCUCCCAGCUGGAUCCGAUACUGGAAGACUUCAAGCAGAUUGCCAGUGGUGUAACGUUCCGCAAGCCUGAAAUCCCCGUCCUAUGCCCUCUCGACGGUAACGUCGUCGACACCAGUGGCACCUUCGACCCUGAGUAUCUCGCCAAUCAUUCCCGCAAGCCUGUCAACAUGUUCAAGGCACUUCUGACAGCCCAAAGUGAGCGCAUCAUUACCGACCGAACCACGAUGGUCGAAAUCGGCCCUCAUCCAGCCAUCUCAGGAAUGGGAAGGGCCGUUAUAGGCCCGCAAAUGGCUUUCCUGCCUUCAGCACAGCGUGGCAGGCCCUCGUGGCAUAUCCUCGGCGCGGCAUUGAAGGCUCUCUACAAUGCCGGCGGCGACAUCCGCUGGGCGGAGUAUCAUCGUGACUUCACGGGCUCUCACUCAGUUAUUCCGCUGCCGGCUUACAGCUGGGACUUGAAGGAAUACUGGAUGCAGUACGUCAAUGACUGGUCGCUGCGGAAGGGAGACCCUCCACUGUCAAUCAAAGAGACCUCCAAGCUCGAGAGUACCACCAUCCACAGAGUUGUUGAGGAGACAGGCGACUCUCAAAAGGUUCACAUUGUCGUGGAAGCAGACAUUGCGCGCGAGGAUCUCAGCCCGCUGGUGCAGGGACACGAGGUCGACGGCAUUCCUCUCUGCACCCCAUCGGUCUACGCAGACAUCGCCUUGACCCUUGGAACAUACCUGCUUCGGCAAUACCGCCCAAAUCAAGAAGAGAAUCUUGUAGAUGUGUCGGACAUGACGAUCUCCAAGGCCUUAAUCCUGCGCUCUGGCGCGGAGCAGCAACUCCUUCAGGCACAUGGUGAAGUUGAGUGGUCGUCCAACUCGGCGGCUGUCAAGUUCAUGUCUUUUGACAGCAAGCAGAAACUCCAGGAGCACGCACGAUGUGUUGUGCGCUUCAAGGACAGAAGUCUCCAGAAGACGCUCCAGGCAAAUUCAGCAGCCGUGAUGCAGAAGCGACAAGCUCUCCGAGAUGGAAUCGCAGCCGAGACCACAGCGCGUUUCAACCGCCCUAUGGUUUAUCGUGCUAUCCGGCCGUUGGCUAGGUUCCACGACGACUACCGAGCAAUAGACGAGAUUGUCCUCAACAGCAACACGCUGGAGGCCAUGAGUACCCUCAGCUUUGGCACUGUGAAGCGAGGUGGCAACUUCCACACCCAUCCAGCCAUCAUCGACUCCCUGACCCAGUCUUGCGGAUUCACCAUGAACUGCAACGACAGCACUGACCUGGAUGUCCAAGUCUUCAUGAACCACGGAUGGGGCUCUUUCCAGAUGUUUGAGCCGAUGGACUUUGACAAGAAGUACACUACUUACACGCGAAUGGUCGAGGGCGAUGAUAAGCUGUGGCACGGCGAUGUUGUCAUCUUUGAUGGCGAGCGCGUCGUCGCCUACUUUGGGCAGAUUGCGAUUCAAGGCGUGCCCCGUCGCGUGCUGAAGGUCAUUCUCUCCAUCGAAAGUGGCAGCAAGUCGCAGAAGCAACAACCUGCCCAGAAAAAGCAAGCUUCUUCCACGGCUGCUGCUCCUACAUCGAGGACUGUCCAAGUUCCCUCACCCAGCAGAGGGCCUGAUACAUCCAAGAUUACCGCAGCACUAACGAUAAUUGCGGAGGAGAGUGGGCUUGCCCUGGCCGACUUGACCGAUAGUACUGUGUUUGCCGACGUCGGUAUUGACUCACUUCUGGGUCUUACAAUCUCGGCUCGUUUCAAGGAGGAGCUCGAUAUGGAGAUGGAGUUCAAUGCCUUCUUCUUCGAGUAUCCAUCAGUUGGCGAUCUGAGGGCCUUCUUGGGAGAUUCCGGGGACAGCUCAACGGGAUCCUCGACGCCGCGAUCAACCGAUAACAAUUCAGUCUUGCCAACUAUGACUGGCACGGGAGCCACCACGCCCAACACGGAUGAGCACUUUGAGUCCAAGGUCGAUUUCCAGCGAGCUCUCGAAAUUGUGGCAGAAGAGAGUGGACUUUCAACCGAGGAUCUCACUGACGACACCAACUUUGCCGACUCUGGCGUAGACUCUCUCUUGUCCCUAGUCAUCGUGAGUCGGUUCCGAGAUGAGCUCGAGCUUGACAUCCAGCACGAGUCUCUCUUCCUCGAGUGUCCGACUGUGGCCGACCUGAAGCAUUUGUUGCUCGGAGGAUCCAGCGGAAGCGAUACCACGCCGUCCGUGGCCGAGAGCGAUCCAGUUCCUGUUCUCGCGGUUGAACCAGUGGCAGAACCUGCCAAGGAGCACAGCACGCCCAAACUUGGCGAAAGCGAAAUAGCUGAUCUUGCAGCUCGCAAGAUGGCUGUUGACGAAUUUGUCCAGAAGUACACGGCCGGAUUCUCUGGGCCUACUUCGUCGCCUUCAUCCACCGUGCCGAAAGACAGCGAGAAAGUCGUCCUGGUAACUGGAGCAUCUGGAAGUCUUGGAGGCAACUUGGUCUACCACAUUGCACAGCUUCCCGAUGUAAAGACGGUCGUCUGUCUCAACCGUGAGAACAAAGCGGAGCCCUACAUCCGCCAGCAGAAAGCCAUGAGGGAGAAGGGCAUUCGCUUCCCCGAGGCACUGAAGCCCAAGCUGCUUGUCUUGCAGACUGACAGCUCGAAGCCGAUGUUUGGGCUUCCAAAGAAUGAGUACGAGGGACUCGUGAACUCCGUGACGCAUCUCAUCCACAACGCUUGGCCAAUGAGUGCGAAACGCGCCUUGGCUGGCUUUGAGCCGCAGUUCCAGGUCAUGCGAAACCUGAUUGAUUUCGCUGCAAAUGUUGCUUCCCGCCAUUCGGAGGACUUCAAGUUCAGUUUCCAGAUGGUAUCUUCCAUCGGUGUUGUCGGCCACUACGGCCUUGGAAACGGAAAGGAGAACACUUUUGUGCCAGAGGAGAGAUCCGAGAUUGGCGCUGUUCUUCCAAACGGCUACAGCGAUGCCAAAUGGGGCUGCGAGAGGAUGCUCGAUGAGACUUUGCACAAGCAUUCCAGCCGAUUCCGCACUAUGGUUGUCCGUCUGGGGCAGAUUGCCGGCUCCAAGACCAGCGGAUAUUGGAAUCCAAUGGAACACUUCGGGUUCUUGAUCAAGUCGUCACAGACAUUGAAUGCCCUGCCGGACGUGGGUGGAAAGGUCUACUGGACUUCGGUGAACGACAUAGCCGGCACAUUGUCUGACCUAGUCCUUUCUGGCCGCACCCCCUACGAGAUCUAUCACAUCGAGAACCCAGUUGGCCAGUCGUGGCGCGAGAUGAAUGAGAUUCUAGCAGACGCCCUCAAAAUCCCGAGUCUCAUCCCCUUCGAGGAGUGGGUUGAGCGAGUGCGAGCAGCGCCCCAGCGAAACAAUCCUGCUUCCACUCUCCUGGGCUUCCUGGACUCGAAUUACCUUCGAAUGUCCUGUGGCGGGCUAGUUCUGGAAGUGAAGCAUACUCUGGAGCAUUCGAAGACCCUUUCUGCUGUGGGGCCAGUGAGCGAAGAGGUUGCGAGAAAGUACAUUCACAUCUGGAAAGAGAUUGGUUUCCUGAACUAA